UGUGGCAUGGAACAUAAGAAAUUAUCGAUACGUCGGAGACAUAUCACCGAGCACAUGAGCUCAGAGAAUGAACACGAUGAUCCGAUAGAUUCUGAGGCUAUCUCCACCGAUCCUCCUCCCCCAGCCAAUGAUACUUGCGACACAGCGGGAUCAGUGCGCGAUGACGACGCUGAUCAUGGUGCCUUUGUUAAUGCAGCUGCGGAGGAGGCCAGAGCUUCGCCUGCGAAGAGAUCAACCGGUGGUUUUGCCGAUGAAGACGAUCUCUUUGAUCUGUAAGUACCUUUUUCCUAGAAUUCAUAUUUUGCUUUCAUCAUUCGCAUUUCUUUCAUAACUCUUGCCAACCAUUCCCUUUCGUAGUGACGAAGGUUUCAUCGAGCCUCCGUCUAAGAAAGCCAAGUCCGGUGCCGUUCUGCCGGAUGUCGCGGCUUCUGAGGCUUCGGCUCCUGCUACAGCCCCCGCAGCCCAAGUAUCGACUGCUUCCUCCCUUUCUAGGGGGAAGGAUAUUCCUUCGGCUGUCGUCGCCACGACUCCUCCUUCAGGAAAACCUGUAAGUCUUUCUCGAUCAUAAUGCAAACUUUCCUGAAUGUGCCUUGAUUAAUGAUUCUUCGUCAAACGUCUAUUUUCACCUUUCCUUAAUGCGAGCCGUUAUAUCUUCUUUGGAGGCCUUCGCCUCCCAAUUUACUUCGCUGGAAGCGGACAAGCUUCAGCUGCAAAAGGAAGUUAAAUCUUCUUCCUCAAAGUUGGAAGGUGCAAUCAAAAUAGCCGCCGAAGCUCGCCAAGAAGUAGACUCCUUGAAGGAGGAGCUCGGUAGGCUAAAGGAAAAACUGAAGGAGGAGGAAGCGUCUAGGCUGGUCGCCGAAGCUUGGGCGGCCGAAAAAGAUGAUCUUCUUCGCCAGUCUUCCUUGGCUUUGCUUGGGGCCGCUGACAUCCCUGCCGAUGCCUUGGAUAAAUUUCCAAACAACUCUCCGGCAAAUGGUGUGUCAAUGACUCUUGCCUCACACAAACUUACACGGGAGCUCCUUGAGAAGAGCAAAGGUGCCAUGGCACGGUUGCACUCGAUGAUCUUCCCCAAGAUUAGUCAAGACAAGACUCUGGGGCAGCUGAUCGAUGCUUUCGCAGUCGACACCAAGGAGGUUAUCGAGGUAUUCAAACGUACUUCACGUACCUAUGGUGCCCUCCUAGCCUUCCAACUUAUGAUGGGUCAUGGCUUCAAGGCCGAUAUCGAAGAGAUGUCUAGAGAGCUGCCGAAAAAGCAAGAUGGGUAGUUCGUCGAUUUAGGCAUCUUCAAAACGUCAGCUCUUAAGUGUGCACGCCAGCUCCUUGAGCUGGUUUCAUCAAAGAAAACAUCGGCUGGCCCAAGCUUAUCGACCCAGACCCAAGCCCCUUGAUUAUUGUAACAAACUUCUUUUUAAAUUGUUGUGAAACAAUGUUCUGUUGCAAAACUUGUGGUUGUAAUAAAUUCCAUGCUAGCAAUGUUGCUUGUACACUCUUGUUAUGACAUUUUUCUUGCACUCUCCCGAUGGGAGUAACUUCCAA